AAACAUAUACUUUUCGGUCGUAACAUAUACAUCAGGUGAUCUGCAUCGUCUUUUUUCUCUGUUAUCAUUUUUAUUGCGGCUUUCAGCUGGAGCUCUUAAGAAAAUUUUGUGCUAAAAACACAACUUUAUUGGACAUAUAGAUAUUAUCGUUUAUAAACUUCAUCCAUUCCUCUUUUCUAUACGAAAAAGAAAAUGUUCAGAGCAAUAAAUAAAAAUAUCUCGUCAUCUUUUAAAACAAUCGUAAGUGCUAUUAAACGUUACAAACACAUUGAACAUAAAGUGAAAGUGAAUGAAUUUGAUAUCAAUAUUGUGGAAAGUGGCAAAGGUGAUAAAAGUGUUUUAUUAAUGCCAGGAGCAGUAGGCUCCAAUUGGACUGAUUUUAAGCCACAGAUUGAACAACUACCACAAUUGUUACCCAAUUACACUGUAAUAGCUUGGGAUCCGCCUGGCUAUGGCAAAUCAAUUCCACCGAAACGUAAUUUUGAUUUGGAUUUUUUUCAAAACGAUGCUCGUCAAGCAGUACAAUUGAUGAAAGCUUUAAAUCGACCGAAAUUUUCUAUACUGGGUUGGAGUGAUGGCGGCGUAACUGCACUUAUUAUUGCCGGUCGUUAUCCGGAAAAUGUAGAUAAAUUAGUUAUAUGGGGUGCAAAUGCGUACGUAAGUGAUGAAGAUGUUAAUAUAUUGAAAGGUGUAAGAGACGUGAAGAAUUGGUCCGCACGAAUGCGCGAGCCCUUGGAGAAGUUGUAUGGGGCAGAAAGAUUUGCAGAGCUAUGGAACGAAUGGGUAGAUUCGAUUUUAAAUAUAUAUGAAAAAUGUGAAGGCGACCUUUGCAUGAAAGAAGUUCGGGAAAUAAAGGCGAAAACUUUUAUAUUGCACGGCAAAAAAGAUCCAAUGUUAGCUAAAGAACAUGUACCCUAUUUAAAGCAACAUCUACGAGGAUUUAAAUAUCACGAGUUUCCAGACGGGAAACAUAACAUCCAUCUACGCUAUGCAGAAGAAUAUAAUAAAUUGGUAGCCAAUUUUCUAUUGGAAAAGUCUUAAAGGUAUAUAGUUCUCUUUCGAUAAUUUGGUACUUCUUGGUAAUGAUCAUAGUAAAAAAAAAUGGUCCUUAUACAAAUUUCCGUUUACAAUUAAUGCAAUUAAAGCGAUAUAGAUAUUCAAUUUUCAGCGUCAUUUUUUAGCUUUAUUCUAAUUAAUUUUUUUAACAUGUUUAUGGGUUAUUUGCGAUAAUAUGGAACAAUAAGAGAUAAUUAUAAUAAUACAACGUUGUGCACACUAUACAACUAUACAACUUAGCAAAGCCGAAUACGCAGGCAGAUUUACUUCUGUGUAGACGCCGAUAAAAUUACCCUAAAGCGGAUGAAUUUAAUAAAGAUGUUUUCAGAAUUAACAUAGAAAUCAAAUAAUGAUUUGUUCUAUUUAUAUCACUGGAGGCCAUUAAAAAAAUUGAUUAUAAAAUGCA